CAAACCUGAGGCAGGCGUAGGAGGGGGCAGAGGGAGGGAGCAUUUCCUCGCAUUUCAGAAGAAGCUUGUCUCCUCUGCGAUAUCGGAGGCAGUUCCUGAGAAUCUCAGCCUCUUUGUGGGACUCCCCGCCACCUCCCGCCCGGGGCCAGGGUCUGGAUGACCUGGAUGCUAUUAGAGGCUCAUGACAUGACAUGCUGUCAUUACAGCUUGUGAUUUCCUUGGCCUGUUAGUGAAGUUCGUUUUGUUCCGGGACCGGGGUUCGGGCUUAUUCGGUGGUUCUGCUAACACCUAGAAAACUUUAUUUAAAUCAGAUCGGCACUUUCUUUGAUCGCGUCAUGUCCUUCCUGAGAAGCCCACGGCUUGGAAAACGCCUGGCGGAGCUGGCACAAUUCCCCGGGACGCCCACUUCUUGCCACCGAGUCCCGCGAGAUAGACCGCGCUUACUUAGUCGCAAAGCGCCUCCAACUUUCUCCGCCAGCUUCCUGCUCUCCUCCCUACGGGCCGCCUCCUCCAUGGCCGUGACGGUGACCCUGAGCCCGGGGCCCCGCUGCCUGUGGGACGAGCCGGUGGAGAUCGCGGUGCACGGUCUGGGCCCGGCCCAGCCGGUCACCCUGCGCGCCGGCCUCCGCGAUGAGAAGGGCGAGCUCUUCCAGGCCUCGGCGCGCUACCGGGCGGACGCCGGCGGGCAGCUGCACCUGGCGCGGGCGCCCGCCCUGGGGGGCAGCUACAGCGGCGUCGAGCCCAUGGGGCUCUUCUGGAGCCUGCAGCCCGAGAAGCCCUACUGGCGCCUGGUGAAGCGGGACGUGCAGACCCCUUUCUGCGUGGACCUGGAGGUGUACGAGGGUCACGACCCCCAGCCCACCAAGCUGCUGGCGCGGGCGGUCCACGAGCGGGGCUUCCUGGGGCCGGGGGUGAGGAGGAUCCCGGUGCGAGAGGGCAGCGUGCGGGCCACCCUCUUCCUGCCGCCCGGCUCAGGGCCCUUCCCUGGGAUCAUCGACAUCUCUGGAACAGGAGGAGGCCUGUUUGAAUACAGAGCAAGCCUGUUGGCUGGACAUGGUUUUGCUGUUAUGGCCCUGGCAUACUAUGGCUUUGAGGACCUUCCCAAAAACAUGAAGGAAUUUCAUCUGGAAUAUUUUGAAGAGGCUGUCCAGUACCUGAAAAACCACUCCCAGGUAAAGGGUCCAGGAGUUGGGCUGCUGGGAUUUUCCAAAGGAGGUGAUCUGUGCAUCUCCAUGGCCUCCCACCUGAAGGACAUCACAGCUACUGCCACCAUCAAUGGCUCUGUGGCAAAUGUAGGGGCUGCGCUGCAUUAUAAGGGCAUGACCAUGCCCCCGCUGGGGAGUAACCUGAAACGUAUCAAGAUGACUGACCAGGGGUUUGUAGACAUCAUCGAUGUUCUCAACAACCCUUUGGAGGAGCCCAACCGAAAAAGCUUAAUUCCAGUUGAGAGAGCCGAGAGCUGCUUCUUGUUUCUAGUUGGUCUGGAUGACCACAACUGGAAAAGUGAAUUCUUUGCUAACGAGGCUGCCAAAUUGUUACAAGCCCAUGGGAAGAAAAAGCCCAAGAUUAUCUGUUACCCUGCCACAGGACACUAUAUUGAGCCCCCCUAUUUCCCUGUGUGCCUGGUUUCCUUUCACAAUUUGGUAGGAAAACUUGUGGUCUGGGGAGGAGAAGUCAAGGCCCACUCCAUGGCCCAAGUUGAUGCUUGGAAACAAAUCCAAGCCUUCUUUCACAAACAUUUAGAAAAUGAUCAGAUAACGAACUCUCCCAGAUUGUAACUUACCAUUUAAAAUUUAUAAUGGUGUAGACUAAAGGCAUGUUAAAAUGAUACCAACUAGAGGGAUUGUUUUUAGAAUAACUGGAAUAGGAUUUUUUUUCUCACCAUUAAGAUAAAGUUGAAAGUAAUCAUAAUUUUAAAACUUCUCAGAUUUGGUUGGGUUUAUUGACUUUUUUUUGAGUAAAAGAAUUGAGUAUCAUUUUUUGAAACAUAAAAAUGAUGACAGCAUACUUAACUUAUAUAGGGUAUAAAUUUUAUAAACCCAUAGAAUUGGUAGGUACCUCCUAGGGUCUAUACAAGUUUAUACAUUUCCUAGAAAUAUUCUCUCUGUGCCAUAAGAAAGUUAUCAGAGGCUAAAUGAAAUGAGCAGAAUCGGGGAUCAUUGUACAUGGUAACAACAAGACUAUAUGAUGAUCAGUUCUGAUGGUCGUGGCUCUCUUCAACAAUGAGA